CAGUACUACUAGCAGGCUUCUUCGAUCGGCCAAAUUUCGCUGCAGUAAACUUGGUGGCCCGAGAUAUAUACGGGUGACGAUCAUAGCGCUCCGUGAGCAUGCCUGAAACGUUCGGUGCUGUUGAGUCUCAGUGAAACACAGUACCUCGGUGGUCUCUCAUCCAACAGGACCCUCUACAUUUUUUUGUAAAAGACAUGUUUUCCGGACUUACGAAUCAAGUGAGUAGCUGGAUGGGGGGAACGGCAAAGAAAGAUGGUGAUCCCCAGAAGAGCGAAGAAGAGAACUUGUCGCCUCAUGCUGUGGAGAAUGACGUGAUAAGCAACACUGAAGCCGAAAAUAAGAAAGACAGUCCGACUAAAGGAAGCAAACUGGAGAUGUUGGGGAAUGUAAAGAGCCAGAUGACUAGCUGGCUAGGGUCUGGUGUUUUGGGAGGCCUAAGGAAGGGGGACCCAUCAGACCCAAAUGCAACUACAGGCCAGCAACCAUCAGAUCAAUCAAGUGAUCCUGCUCAGCAGACUUCUACUUCUGAGAAGCCAGCACAGGACACAACUCAAGAAACCAAAGAAGAUGAUGACUCCAGUGCUACAGGAGGAGCAGACAGUGAUGUGGCUGCCUCUGAACCAGGAACACCUGUGGAGGACAAGGAAGGGGGCCAAGCAUUUGGUGCUGUCUCAACUAAAGCUUUGCAAGGCGCCAAAUCCAUAGGAAGCUUCCUUUUCUCUGCUGUGAAUAAGGCUGGAAAAACAGUGAGCGAAGCAAGUGCAAAAAUCAAGAAAACAGUGGAAGAAAAUAGCCUUCUUGGAGACUUCAACAAAGAACAGGAAUCAUUCAUCAAGGAAAAACAAGCAAAAGGUGCGGAACCUGCCUUUCCUCCAUGGGUGGGCUGUGCUAAUGAAGAAUCUCUCAAAGAAGAAUGCCUCACACUUUCUACGGACAGGCGAACCUUUGUCCGUAGCCCACCAGCUGGUGUAGACUUUCAUUUUGACUAUGAAGUGUCAUAUCCUGUAGCCAUGGCAACACUGGCAGAGGACCCAAAUCUUGAGAAGAUGAGAUUUGAACUGGUUCCUAAAGUGAUAAGUGAAGAAAACUUCUGGCGGAACUACUUCUAUCGUGUGAGCCUUAUCCGUCAGGCUAAUGAGUUGUCAUCAAUGGUCCAGGAACAGGGUGAGAAUGCUUCAAAGCCUGGCAGUGUUGACGUUGCUGAACCAACUGCAAAACCCCAACCCCAUGAAGUACCUGUUGCGGAACAAGCACCUGCAGACAGCCCCUCUCACGAGUUUGUGUCAGACACAUUCCAGGCAAGUUCCAGGGACUUAGAGGAGGUUCGAGAGGGUAUGAAAAAACUCGGUAUGGAUCCUGACAAAAGGAAUGCCUAAGAAGAAGGAGAAAAGCAUGGAACACACGGCCUUCCCCAUUUCCUGUAAAGUCUCCUGCCACUUUGAUGCCACUUGAGUCUAAUUUUCAUACAUUAGUUAAUGUAAUAGUUUACCUCAAUGAGCAUGGCUGUGUCACAAUAUUAACAAUUAUUUAAAUGCAUGCUCGCAUUUGCACUGUGGAAAUAAUUUUCUAGACGCACCUUUUUGAUUCUCUAAUGCUCAAAGCCAGACUUACAUUGGAUUUUGGUUGCAUUUUCUUAUUAUGUGUGAAAUGGAGACAGAACUGAUUAAUGAGAGAUUAAACAAAUAGCUAUGCCGUGAAACUAACAGAAGUAAAAUGUGUUACGCUGACUGCUGGGUCUCUGCAAAAUUCUGUAAUGUAAAUGGCUGUGGCUCUUACUGUUGGCUUGAAGGAAAAAAAUAAAGGUUUAUAGGUCUGAAUUGAGGAUAACCUAUGACAUAAUAAUAUAUAUCUCUAACCCCAAAAUGACUGAUCAAAUAUAUUUCAUGUAUUCAAAUAAGACUGUGAAGCUGAUUAAUAUAACUGAAUUCGCCAUUCUUUUUUGACAUGAUGUUUCAUGCAUUGGAAUUAUAUGUUUUUUAUUCUAUUGUUUUGUGACCUUUUGAUGAAUUACGGUUCUAGAGAAGAUGGAACACCACUCAAUUUCAAAGUGAAGUUGCAAGCAGGGAACAGAACACACUAAAUACUUUAAUGAACUGUCAAAGAUUAUAUUUUAGGAAACAUAAUGCCUAUUUAACAAUCAUUUUUAUGUGUAGUAUAUGGCAUAGAGCCAGUGAGUGUUGGCAAGUAAAAGGGAAGUGCAUUGUUUUAUGAAUAGGGCAGAAGGUCAAAAUAGGCGGAGUUUGGAGGAUUAUGGGGGAAGGACGGUCCAGUGUAAAUGUGGAGGACACUUUAACAAGAACUUCAUAUAUUUACGAAAAUGUAAUUGACAGAAAAUAUGAUUGGCUGAUAAUGUUUCAUGAAGAUUAAGUGUAAAAACCACUUAGGUAUCCUAUGUGCACUGCUGAUGAAGUUUCUGCUUCAGUCAUUGGAAUAAUGGACUGGGUUACUGUAAACUGAGAUUACUGUGCUCUUUAAAUGUGGCAAGAAACCAAAGGGUAACAACAAUGAGAAAAUUUAAAUAUUUUUUUGCCAGUAUUGUCAGAGGCUUGUACCAUCAAUUAAAUAGGUUAAUAACAAAAAACAUCACUUUUGUUGCUGUAGUUCCAUAAACGUAAGUGGGCCAAUGUUACCUACAGUUGGGACUGUUUCAACCCACUUGCUCAUUUCUUCAUGGAAGAGUACUACUAUGAUGUUGGGACAAAGUAAAUUCAAUGAAUGUCACUAGAAUGGAAUUUAGGAGCAUGAGCAGAAAAAUAAAUUGCCAAAUGUUGAAGGUAAGCACAUGGGAAUUGAACUUACUAAGAGAGUGAUACAGUAAAUAUAAAAGUGUAGUAUAUUUCGUUAGGUGACUAAUUCAUUUUUAACUUAUUUGUUACACUGUGGUAAGUAUUUGCAAAGAGAUUAUAUCAUAUGUUAAGGGUACUGUACAGUAAGGCUAUGAGCCUUAUUGCACGCUUACUUAAGUUCUGGUACUUGAAAAUAGCCAAAUUGUGUUAUUCGGGUGGGACUGAUAAUUCAUAUCAAAUUCUCCCAAGGAUAAAAUGGUUUGCCCUUUUCUUCUGGCAGUUUGCAGUAGGACUUCAACUUCCCCAUAGAGUUCACUUUAGCACCUUCAUCACUCAUGUCUUUCCAGUUCUCAAAUAUUCUUCUUAGUUGUAUAAAACUGUAGCAUACUGCCCAACUAAUAAUUUAUCUUUCAAUGUUUUGUGGUGCUGGACAUCUACUUGCACAUCAGAGAAACUUUCAGAUUUGCCAUCAGAUUCUAGCACCACUGCAUCUUCAUUUUGGGGUUGCUUUGGCCUGGACUAAAGUAACCCCAUAUUUUGUAAAUGUGCACCAUUUUAAAGAAGGGGUAAAUAUGUUUACUAAUAGAAUUUCACACAAAUGACCAUUUCUCGUCUUAUUACCUAAUGCUGACAGCAUGCAAAAUUACUCAGCAUAUUUUUAGCAUAACUGAUGUUAACCUUCCAGGCAGAAGUUACUGGGGUGUAAUUGGUGUUAAAUAUUUUAUGAACAACAGUUUGUCCAGUACUGCCAACUCUGAACCACUUCAUAGAACUCACAACCUUGUAGAUCACUCUUCACGUGUUGUAAAUGUAUAUUACCUUGAUUGCUCCAUACUGAUGAUGUAAUUUUAGGGGGGAAAAUUUAAAAAAAAAAUUGCCCAUAAAGGGCCAAAGUAACCCCAGCUUACGGAACCCUGUGUUCAGUGGCUGUUAGUCAACUUAGGUGAUUGCUAUUAACGUACAUGUAAAUUUUUUAAUGAACAAGUUUGUGUAAGAGGUGGAAGAUUGCGUGCAGCAUAGUUUUUGGGCGACAUUGUGCCUGUAGACAGUUUUGCAUUUGUUAUCAGUGUUCAAAUUGGUGGUGCAUUGAACAUGUGGGGUAUAGAAUGGGACUCUACUUAUCAGAGAAUGUAAUUACCAAAUGGGCAUAAUACAGAUGGACUAGGACAAUAUACAUGAUGCAUAGAUCAUGGAAUAUAACUAGGGAUAGUGUGGAUGGUUUUAUUUCGAGGAACCAGUGUAAUCCAUAAUGUUGAAGAAUAGGGUUACUGUGUUUAAGCCUAGUAAGAUGCUGUAUUUUCAAGAGUGUACCUGGUGUCCUUCUUUCUCUCAUGCCAAAGAUACAAAGUUCGUUGUUGUUCACACUCCCACUCAUACUUCCACAGUGAAGUAUAGUAAUCCAGUGUACAGGCUGAAAGAGGCAGUGUUUUUUGCACAAGGGCACUACCCUCACUACUGGCCCAUUUAUAGAUUUGUGAAAUGAAUUUGUUCAUUCCUUCUCAUUUUAGUCUAACGCAGAGGCUGUAUCACAUUGCCUUUUAUUUUUAAAAUUCUAUGUUCUCUUGUGUAGCAUAAAGUGUUCCUUGACCACAGUUUACAGUCCAUGUAUAAGUUCAUAUCUCAACACUAUGUACUGAAACGCGUGACUAAGGUUGUGAAUAGGCUCUCCACAAAACUCACAGCAUUGACCGCUGUUGCAACUAUAGCUAUUUGUCAUACCUGUGAGACAACUGUUUCUCUGUGUUACAAACACAGGAAUUUUCUUCAGCAAGUAGACUUAUUAUGUUGCCAGUUGGUCAGUUAUCUUUAUUUGCUUCAGAUCUUAGGUCAGCUCCUGUUUGUGGCAUUAAAAUAUGUCUUUAAUGCUCAUCCGGAUAGUCUUCUUUUGCUAUUUUACUAUCUUUAUCACAAUUUUUGCUUCAUGUUCUCAGUGUUACCCUCCUUUAACUUCUGUCAGCUGAUGGUCUUGUGCAGUUUAGCACAUCUGUGUAUUUUUCUUAAAUGAUACCCAUGCGUUAUUUCCUACCCUGUCAAUACAUUUUGGGCAUAUUUUAAAAGGUGAGUGCAUUGUUGUGUUCCAUACUAGGAAGUUGUGUUAAGACAAAUCAUUUCAGUCUCUUGGCACUCGAAAAAGUAGUAAGAGCAAAAGUGAACGUUCGUCACAGUUUUUAGUGCGUGCUGUUUAUCCCUUGCAAUUUCAUGUUUGUAAGGUGAAUAAUGGUGUUUCUUCAGCAGUUUUUGUUAUCCAAUUUUCAGUUUACCAUUUUCCUUCUGUUACUUUCUUCAUUACACCAGUGGCCUUGCCACAGUGGUGGCACUGGUUCCCAUCAGAUCACCGAAGUUAUGCACUGUUGGGCUCGACAAGCAGUUGGACAGGUGACCAUCAGAGUCUGCCAAGCACUGUUGGCAAGUGGGGUGCACUCAGCCCUUGUGAGGCCAAUUGAGGAGCUACUUCAUGGAGGAGUAGUGGCUCUGGUCAUAAAAACUGACAACGGCUGUGGUGUGCUGACCACAAGCCCCUCUGUAUCAACAUCCAGUGAUGCCUAUUGGCAGAGGAUGACACAACGGUUGGUUGGUGCAGUUGGGCCUUAUGAGGCCUGUUCAGAUGGAGUUUUUGUUCAUUGCUUAAUUUUAGUUAAUUUUAUUUGAGUUAAUGGGAGAACUCAGUGCUACAUAAAUUGUAGGCUUAAGUACUUAAAUAUUUGUACCUUUUAUCAGUUUAUUUAGUUAGUUUUUGAAGUCCAAAGUAGUUCUGGCUGGAUUAGACUGUGCUUAAAGCUGCGCACAAGACAGAUAUUUUUUACUUUCAAAAUUGUGAAGCAGUUUGAGACAAUAGUGGUGGUGCAGAGAAACUGUGAAAACGGAGUAUUCUUUGUUUACAUCCGGAUAGUUUUUACUUGCUCAAUUUAUAAAAUGAGCAGCUUACUGUAGCAGUCAUAGACGAAAGUUGUGAUCGUAUGUAGAUAAAUGGAAAGUAACCACUUUUCAUGCCAGAAUUGUAAUGUACUUACACAUUUUUGGAAACCAAGACAGUGCAGAUGUGAUGUAGUUAAGCUGCAGAUCUCGUGCUAAGAUAAAUAGCAAGAGUAGAAUUUAAAAAACUUUGACAGGAAAUUAUUUCCAACUACUGGUGCACGUUAUUUCGUUUUAGAGAUUUUUGUUCACACCAUAAGUCAUUCAAGUUAAUUUUAUCCUUUCCUCUCCAAUUCCAUUCUCCCAUCUGUAUCCUUUAGAUGUUUAGCUUUCUGUUGUCAUUAUGCUUCCUCCGUAUCUGUCUCUCUCCUCCAGAAGAAGAGUGGGAGAAAGAGCUAGAAGCAGAACUACAAGAUUAUGAAGUGGUUGCAGAUGGAGACAGUCAACAAGACUCAAACUGGGAGAAUCAAAUUGAGGAGAUGCUGGAUGCUGAGGAUACAACUGAUCUGAAAUAGCUGACAACUUGUAACAGUAGGCUGACGUACAUUUAUGACCAGUUGCAGCUUAUUUUUGGGUAUACCUAAGGGCUUCAUGAAAUGGCCUUCUUUCAUUGUAAAAGAGAUUACUGCUAGCCUAAAAAUAUUUUAUUUGUUCUGGAUGUCAGCUUCAGAAUUCGCCAAAUAUUUUAUUAAUCAUAAAGGAAAAAUGUCAAUUUUCAAGUUACCGUGUUCUAUAAAACAUACCAGAGAAUGACUAUAAAAUAUCAGAUUAAAAAUAGUGUUAAUGCACAUUAAUAAAUAAAUAGCUGAAUUAAUUUUCUAAAACAAAUGAGAUUUCCUUUCAUUGGGUGAUACAGAAGGAUAAAUUACUACAUUUUGUUGAAAUACUGGAAAUAAAGUAAUUUGAUUUAUUUAUGUAAAAAAAAUCUUUUUAAAAUUGUUUUCGAUAAAUUAAUAUUCUUUAGUGUUGCUAUAAAUCAUAUAUGAGUGUAUGUACAUACUUCAGAAUAUGUGAAAAGUUGUAUAUGAGAACUGUACAGUUUGUGAUCAAGUGUCUGUUUGUGAUUAAUUUCAGCAUUUUAUAACAAAAAGUUGUUACAACCAAUUAUUUUUUGUGUAGCAGGAAUUAACUGUCAUAAAAUUACAAAAUUUUAUAUUUCGAGUAAUAAGUGUGCUUACAUGUUGUAACAGAGAAUAUAAAAGUUGAUGGGUCGAGUGAAGUAGAAAUUGUUAGAGUGCAAUAACCACUUUCUGCCUAUAAAUAUUUCACUUGAUCAAAACUGUUGAUAUAUAUCUGUGUGUCUGUAGUGUAACUGUUUCAGAGGUGUGUGUCAUUAUUAAAACUCUUCUUCAAAUAUGAAACCAUUCUGAAAUGACCUGACUUGCCAUUUUGUCGUCACCUUUCACACAAACAUUCCACUUGCAGUGGUCAGUUCUGUUGUUUAAUAAGUUCUUCCCAGAAUGAUUUAAAGUUGUCUUCAACAUAAACAUUUAAUGAAGAAUAGAAAAUGCGAAUAUACCAUUGUCUAGUCUUCUGAAUAGAUUUUCAAACAAGAUUUCUUCGUAAUCUGUAGUUUAUCAUCCAGUUUUUUUUCCCCCCCAAAAAAUGUUCUGCAAACCAAUACAGAUGGUGACUCCCCUUGAUACUAACCUCCACAGAAGAGUGAAAUUCAUUCAUCAUACUUAUUGAUUCCCUGACAAAA